UAGACCCUCUCAGCCGUACUGUGUGUAGUCUGCAAUCCUACUAACACUAUAUAUGGACACAUAUAUAACCAUCAUAUAUAUGUUCUUGUUAAUACUGUUGAUGCUAAUUAAUAAUAGUAGUUGGUAUCAUGAACUUAGAUGACAUGACAUAUAGUCAUCAGGACAGGAGUGUAUAAUCACAUUUGUUAUUAUACGCUCCUGCAUCACAGACACAGGCACUUGGGACAGCGUCAGUAUAAACUGAAAAUAAUAUGAACACGGCACAUUCACAAAAAGUACCCCUUUAUUACACUUCCACUACUGUGUCACUGUAUAUCAACUUAAUUGCUUUCACAAAAACUGAUGUAGAACUAGCCGCUCCCGCCACUCGCCGUUGCGAGUGUGAUGCAUUGCUAACAAUAACAUAUACUGAUAUAUAUAGCAUAUAUCGACUAUAUAUACUGAUAUAUAUAGUUUCUAUAUAUUUGUUCAAUAUUUCCAUGUCUUUCUGUGAGUUUGUUCACAGUAGUAUGCAUGUGGUGAGAUUGUCUUGUAGAAUAGCAUAUGAAUGACAUUUAUGUGGAAUUGUUAUGUGGUAGAUAGCAUAGCACAUGUACAAUAAAACUUUGGUAGUAAAUACAUCUUGUGUUUAUUUACCAUCAUAUUAUUAUUGAGACUGCCCAAGUGCUUGCACUAAACACACCAGACAAAAGGGCUGGUAUAUGACCUUAUACCCUGCAGGCCAGUGAACAUUCUAGGUUAGUUUCUAGGUCCACCAGACUGCAAGACUAACAAUUCAUAUAGCCUGACAGGCUGACACCCAUCAAUAGGUAUGGCACUGAGUUAAAACAUCAUCAUGGAGCGAAGCACAAAAUCAGAACUUGUUCAGCAAGUAGAAACACAAAGAGAGCAGCUGAAGAAGUAUGAGAACAAACUAAGAGAUGUCGUACGGGCAUACAAAAGCCUCCAAAAAGAGAAGGUGGCUCUAGAGGAAAGCCUCACAGCUCUGAGUAGCUCUGGCCCGUACCUGGAGUCUAAGCCUGGCAAUGAAGAUUCGCCCAGCCAGACAGAACCCAGCCGCAAUGAGGAUGAUGCUGACAAUGCUGGGGAGGACGAAAACAGGAGUGUUUCUGUUGACCCACUACAGGUGGAGCAGUCAGCCACAGAUACCAAUGCUAUGCAGUUAAAAGAGAAACUCGCCACUCUGACCAGUGCCUUGGCUACAGUCACACAAGAGAAGUCUAGAAUGGAAAACAACUAUCAAGCUGACAAGAAAAAGCUCAAGCAAGAGCUUGAUGAAUUAACUGACUGUAUGGUGCAGCAGAAAGAAGAGUAUGAGAAACAGAUAAAUAUUUUGAACAACAGAGUAAAAGAGUUGACCACAACAUUACGAACACAGCAAUCAGACAGAGAUAAAGAACAGAUAGACCAUUCCAUGAUGUUGCGGGAAAUGCAGAAACUAUUAGCCAAUGAGAGAAUUCUGAAGGAGAACCUGGAGCACCAGCUGGAGCAGGCGCACACUAAGCUCGUUACCACGGAGACGAUGUUGGAGCAGUCGAAGCAGCAAGAGGAGAAGGUGCGCAUUCUCAGUGGCGACCUUGAGAAGGUGCGGCAGCGGCUCAACUCCUCUGAGGAACGCGCGAAAAAGCCGUCACCGCUCAUGCUCGAGCUACAGCGGGAGAUGGCCGAACUGAAGGCGCAGCACCGCAUCACCAUGCAGCGGGAGCAGCAGCGUGCGAACGAGGCCGAGCAGCGGCUGGGCGUCGUCGCCGCGCAGUCCGAGACGCGCGUCUCCAGUCUCGAGACGCGGUUGUCUGAGCUGUCGGACAUCGUCGGCGGCUACGACCGCGACCGCCAGCACGACCAGGCCGCCAUCCACAAGCUGAAGGAGCGCAUCUCACAGCUGGACCUCGAGAACUCCGCACUCGCGCGCCGAGUCACGCAGACGGACGCGUCGGACGACGACGACGCGUCGAACCUCGACGUGAACGCGCUCAUCGAGAGGAUCGCCAAGCUGAAGGGCAUGCUGAAACAAGCGAACGCGCGAUCGGAGCGACCGGUCAACCUGAGCGAAGUGCUUGGAGCUGACAGCGACCAUGGAGAACUGGGUGGCAGCGAUUGGGAGAGCAUUCAUUCCAACUGCCAGCAGGAGUACAGACAGCUGAAGGAAGAAUUUGAGCGUUACAAGCUCAGGGCUCAAUCCGUACUGAAGAACAAGAGGGACUCGAACGCGAACAAGGAAACGACGGCGCUGCGAGCGCAGAUCUCCGAGCUGAAGGAGCGCGUGCACGCGUGCACGCGCGACUGCGAUGCCAAGCUGCAUCAGAGCGAUGUCGCCUGCGAGCGCCUGCGCGCGUCCGCCGCCGCCGCCGCCUCCGCGCACGCCGACAAACUUCGCGCGGCGGAGACCUCGUACGCGCGCCGCACCGCCGAACUCGAAGACGAGAUGUCGCGGCAGCGCGAGCGCACCCUCGCACUGCUCGCCGAGAAAGACGACGAACUCGCCGCCGCGCGUCGCCGCGUUGCCGCCGCCGACGACGACGACGUGCCGGCGUCGCCGAGCGGGGACCUUGCCGCGCUUCGGCUCGACGGCCCGCUGCUGCUUUUCAGCGAGGAGGCGGCACGGCGCGACGUCGAGAUCGGCGCGCUGCGCGAGGCGAAGCGUCGCCUAGAGAGGGCGCUGCAUGAGCUUCGGCGCGAGGCGGCGGCCGACGGCGAGCGGCGGCGCGAGGAGGCUGAGCUUCUCGUCGAACGUCUGCGCGGCGCGGAGGAGCGCGCGCGUUGCCGCGGCGACGCCAGCCUCGAGUACCUCAAGAACGUCGUCUAUAGUUUCAUGGUGAGCGGCGAUGCCGCGGACCGUCGCCACAUGCUCAACGCGAUCGCGACCGUGCUGGAGUUCAGCGUCCGCGAGCGCGACGCCGCGCUGCACGCGCUCGCCGCGGGUUGGUGGGGCGCGACGACCGGCACGCCAUCUAGUGGCAAGCGAUAGAACCACGGGCUGGUGAUGGGUUGACGGCUACUGCGCCCUCUAGUGGCAAGCGGUAGAAUUAUGAGCUGGUGAGGGAUUGACGAUUAGCACACCCUCUAGUGACAAGGGGUAGAACCAUGGGCUGGUGGGGCGCGACGACCGACGCGCCCUCUACUGGCAAGCGGUAGAACUGCGGGCUGGUGGGGCGCGACGACCGGCACGCUAUCUAGUGGCAAGCGGUAAAAUUAUGAGCUGGUGAGCAGCGACGACUGGCAUGCCCUCUACUGGCAAGCGGUAGAAUAAUGGGCUAGUGGGGCUUGACGACCAGCACGCCCUCUGCUGGCAAGCGGUAGAAUAAUGGGCUGGUGAGGGAUUGAUGGCUACUGCGCCCUCUAGUGGCAAGCAGUAUAAUUAUAGACUGGUGGGUCUCGACAAUUAGCAUGCAAUCUAGUAGCAAGCGGUAGAACUAUGGGUUGGUUGGGUUCCACAACUAGCACGCCCUAUAGUGACAGGUGCUAGAGUUAGAGGGUGGUGAGAGCUACUUCACCAUCUAGGGAUAUGAGCAUAUUUAUUAUUUAUGACCAAAAGUAUGCAUGUACUUUGCAUGAGUAUACAUAUGGUCACUCGGAGGUAAAUGUCGACGCACAAGUAAACGUGAAAACUCGAAUGUCACUGAAUUCUAAGUCAUUGUGUCAUGUAAACGUAAUUCAAAAUGUUCCUGUAGCAGAGGUUACAGGGACUGUGGACAAGGACAUUGAUUCUCAGUGGCUUGCAGAGUCUGUCUAGUAUAAUUGUCUAUACAUUAUACAACUGGCUCGUAACUAAUACAAUUCGCAAGUGUUUGUUGUAGUUUCAAAGUAAGCUACAAAUAUUUUGGCUGGGUAAGCUGUCAAAUAAUAUGGGAACAACAAGUGAUAGAGAUUAUGAAGGAAUCUGGAUAUCUAUUGGACUGGGUGGUUUUAUUUUUUUAAUGUAUACAUCAUUAGCAUGAAGGUACUUCCAAUCCAAUACACGCUCAAUCCAAAUGUAUAUUUCGAAUAACUAAAAAUUAUAACUGCCAAAAACGUGCACGUAUACGAUAUUGAGCAGUUACAUGGCAAAUUGCUUGACUGUAUAUCUAUAUAAGUCUGUAUACGUCUAUAAUAUUUCCAUUUUAUUUUUAAAUGGUUAAUAAAACGACUAACAUCCACA